AGUCACAGCGGCGCCACCAGCCACCCCGCCACCUUCCUGCCUUCCUCAGUUUUUCACGACUCUUUCAGUUUUCUUUCUUUCUCUCUCCACAACUGCUCGAUCACAGCCGUCUUCCUAACUCUUACGAGCUUCACAGUUGGUCCGGAUCCUCUCUCUGUGGAGUUUCCUUGAUCGCUUUCAAGAAAUCGUUGCUUUCGAAGGACUUGUGAGCUAAUUAUCAUUGCCAAUCCGAUGAAGCAUGUUUUGAAGAUUUUCUCUCUACUGGUGGCCAUCUCUGGGCUUUGGAUUGGCCUCUUGCAGGCAUCCAUAAUACCACGAAGCCAUACUUGGUUGCUACCGAUUUACUUUAUUGUGUCACUGGGAUGCUAUGGUUUAUUAAUGGUUGGUGUUGGUCUAAUGGGAUUCCCAACGUGCCCCCAAGAAGCAUUGCUGCUGCAGCAGGAUAUCGCAGAGGCCAAGUACUUUCUGAAGCAAAGAGGGGUUGAUGUUGACUCUGAGUGAUGGUUUCUUUUUAAUUUCACUCCUCGCCACAAGCUUUACCAACAGGAUUGCUGUUUCUGAGCCAGGUAGAAGAAUUACAGAUUGGUACUAACUUCGAAGCUUAAGAAAGGAUUACAAGCCUUUCUGAGGGAGAGCCACUUUUGGAUGCCAAGUUCUUUCAAGUGAUUUUGCCCCCUGUUAAGAACCCUGUAGAUUUCUUGUCUGUCAAUUUGCUUUUGUGAUUCUGGUGUUUCACUGCGAAUGCUUGUUAUGAUAUGUUGGUAAUCGUUUGUUUUAAUCCCACAGUAUUUUUUUUUCCUUUUUAAGACACAAAAUCUUUUUACUUUUUUAUAUUAUAAAUUUAUUUU